ACUAGGGGCGCGCCUGCACCGUUCUCCAUUGCCGCCGCCGCCUUCUUCUCUCCCUCUCGCGAGACUUGGCGCCUCGGCCCCGCCCCCGCGACAUUCCCAGGCCAAGAUGGCGGCGCCCUGGUCGAGUCCCGCCUUGCGGGCCUUUGUUUUCUUCGAGGGGCAACUGGGUGUUGCUGCAAGGGGGCUUCUCUUCCCUUCCCGAGGCUUCCAGACCACUGCUUCCUGCUUGAAGAACCAAGCAGCCCGCGUCCGUGUGGGGAAGGGGGACAAGCCGGUGAGUUACGAAGAGAUCAACCCUCCACACUACAUUGCGCACCGCAAGGGAUGGCUCUCCCAGAACACCAGCCACCUUGAUGGAGAACUGGGGGCGGCAGAGCGUGCCGUGGAGGACGUCUUCAUCCGCAAGUUCAUCCACGGCACCUUCCACGGCUGCCUGGCCAGCGAGAUUGUGCUGAAGCGCCGCGCCAACACCGUGAUCAUCUGCGCCGUCUUCCUGCAGAGGCUUCCCCCGUCCAAAUUCUACUUCCUGAUUGGCUACACAGAAACUCUGCUGUCCUUCCUCUACAAGUGUCCCGUCAAGAUGGAAGUGCAGACGGUGCCCGAGAAGGUGGUCUACAAGUACAUCUAGUCUCUGUCACGGGGCUCUGGUCUGUCGGGGGUCCCCAAAGCAGGGCUGGGGGCUUCUUGCUCCCUUGCCAGAGGUCUGGCAGGAUUGGACAUGGGGACCCUGUUUGGUGUUGACCAUUUCCUGAGGAGGGUGACACCCACAAGCAGAAACUCAGAGAACCUUGGUUGCUGCUGUGAAUGCAAGUUAGGGUUCCAGGAUGUUGCUCAUAAUACAAACAUGAUUGCUUUUUGCAGGCCUCAAUUUGUGUCUGCCUCUCAUGUUCUUUCUCCUUUUCUUGUACAUCUUUAUUUGGAAAUACAACACAAACAUGAUUGCUUUUUGCAGGUCUCUAUUUGUGUCUGCCUCACAUGUCCUGUCUCCUUUUCUUGUACAUCUUUAUUUGGAAAUAAAUAAUAAUCCAGACUGACAAAGUUCUGGAACACAACACACCAGACAUCACAGUUGUGGAAAAGAAAAAGGUUUGGAUCAUUGAUGUCGCCAGUUUAAUUGAUGAAAAACAACAGGAAAAACUCAGCCGCUCUCAGGACCUCAAGAUUGAACUGCAAAGACUCUGGCAAAAACCAGUGCAGGUGGUCCCGGUGGUGAUGGGCACACUGGGUGCUGUGCCAAAAGAUCUCAGCCGGCAUUUGGAAACAAUAGACAUUGACAAAAUUACGAUCUGCCAGCUGCAAAAGGCCACCCUGCUGGGUUCUGCACGCAUCAUCCGAAAAUACAUCACACAGUCCUAGACACUUGGGAAGGGUUCGACUUGUGAUAUGAAAUCCAGCAUAUCUAUCUUCUUUGCUGUGUCAUAAUAAAAUAAUAAUAAUAAUAAUAAUAAUAAUAAUAAUAAAAACUUUAUUUAGAUUCCAUCCUAUCUCCCCAGGGGGACUCAGAGCGGAUAUGCCUUAAUAAAACAAACAGGUACCGACAAAAUAAUCCCGAAUAACUCCACAUGUAAAUGUAAAAUUAGAAUCGAACAUCAAUAAAUUAAGGAAAAAAAGGGUGGGAAAAAAGAUGUAUGCCUGUAUAUAUAUAUAAAAAGAAAAUUCUAUCUAAAAAUAGUAAAUUCUAAAAAAAGGGAAAAAAAUGAAAAAAAGGGGGGGAGAGAGGUUUGUUGACUUCCUUCUUUGUUAGUCCUAUAGUUCAAAUUACGUCUGUUUAUUCUUGUUUUAAUUCUACUUCCCCUCUGUCUUCUAUUCCUUGAGACUGCAUACGAUCAACAAAUGAAGUCUAUCUUCAUCUGUUUCAGAUAAUCUUUUACAAGGUCCCAGUUAAUUUCUUUCUUGGGUAAGCCGUGGUUGGGCGUUAGCCAAUAUGUAAGUCGGUCCAUAUUCAUAAUCUCUAACACUUUGUGUAGCCAGUCUUCUUUUAUCGGUAUUUCUGUUUGUCUCCAGAUUCUGGCAUAAACUAUUCUGGCUGCAGUAGCCAGAAAGUUAAAUAGAGUCUCCUUGUUUUGUCUUUUUCUAUAUCUAGCAUCCCUAGUAAGAAAUAUAUAUGACUGAAUUGCAUUGGUGGUUGUAUAAUAUUAUUACUAUUAAUAUUAUUACUGUUGUAUAAACCUUUGUUUUAACUUCUGUUUUAUCUGUUUUAUCAUCUUCUUGUGUUUUAAACUGUGUGAAUAAUAAUAAUAAUAAUAAUAAUAAUAAUAAUAACAACUUUAUUUUUAUACCCCGCUCCAUCUCCCCAAUGGGGACUCGGAGCGGCUUACAUGGGGACCAAGCCCAAAAACAUACAACAAUAAAAUGAUAAAACAAUUAUUCCAACAAGAAAACAUCAAUAUCAAUAAAACCAUCAUAGUAAUCAACAUUUAGCAUAAAAUAUUAAAAGCAGGAGAGUAAAACAAGGAUCUGGGCCAAAGUGCAAAAUAUAUCAAAUGGGAGAGGCAGUUUCUCAAUAAAGUGCAAAAUAGUAGUGGCAGAAAAAACCUGUAGUUGGAUGGGCAGAUAGUUCAACCUAAUAAUUAAUUGUCGAAGGCCUUUUUGAAGAGCCAGGUUUUUAGUGUAUUGUUUAUGUAUUUGCGUUGUUACUUUUGUAACAUUGUGAGCUGCCCCUAGUUCCCACGGGGAGAUGGUGGCGGGGUAUAAAUAAAGUAUUAUUAUUAUUAUUAUUAUUA